AAAAUUGGUCUUUUCGUGGCAGCAGAACAAACCCUUGUUUUCAUUUUUUUGCAGUUGAGCCAUCCUGUUCGGUCGCCUGCCGGGGUUUCAGACUUCAGAGAAUCUCUCUCUCUCUCUCUAACCUGAAAGCAUGAGCAAGGGACCGGGGCUCUUCUCUGACAUCGGAAAGAAGGCCAAAGAUCUCUUAACUAAGGACUACAGUUCUGAUCAGAAAUUCACCAUCUCGACUUAUAGCGAUGCUGGAGUUGCCCUCACUUCAACUGCUGUGAGGAAGGGAGGAUUAACAUCUGGUGAUGUUGCAGCCCAGUGGAAAUACAGGAACACUGUCAUCGAUGUCAAAGUUGAUACAGAUAAUCAGAUCUCAACAACUUUCACUUUGACAGAACUUCUCCCAUCCACUAAAACAAUUGCUACAUUGAAACUACCUGAUUACAAUUCUGGGAAGCUGGAAGUGCAGUACUUCCAUGACCAUGCUGCUUUCAGCACAGCUUUUGCUUUGAACAAGUCCCCUACUGUUGAUCUUUCAGCAACCAUAGGAACCUCAGGCUUUGCUUUUGGUGUGGAGGCAGGCUAUGAGACUAAAUUGGGUAGUUUUACCAAGUAUAAUGCUGGCAUUAGUGUGACAAAGCCAGAGUCUAGUGCUACAAUAAUUCUAGCUGACAAAGGAGAUACACUUAGAGCAUCAUAUAUUCACCAUCUGGAUCUGCUGAAGAGGAGUGCUGGAGUUGCAGAGAUAACCAGAAGGUUCUCCACAAACGAGAAUACUUUUACAGUUGGGGGAUUAUAUGCUGUUGAUCCACUGACAAUAGUGAAGGCAAGACUCAACAACCAUGGGAAACUUGGAGCCCUCCUUCAACAUGAGCUUAAACCCAAGUCAGUCUUGACAAUAUCCGGUGAAUUUGACACCAAAGCUUUGGAAAAAAAUCCCAAGUUUGGAUUGACCCUGGCUCUCAAGCAUUGAAUGGUCCCUUAAUUUGUGUUUAAGGUGGUACUACCGAUGGGAUUGUCUAUCUAUUUGGAUUUUGGUGGUGUUUGAUAGGAAUCAGGAAAUAAACAGUUCCACAGAUGUAUUCUUUUUCUAGGUUUUGUUAUGGCUGUGGACUAAUUGAUUGGAUCUUAGGCCUGUUUAGGUCUUCCCUUCUCAAUUUUCUUGGGAAGCAUAUUGACAUGAUGGAUGUAACCUUGUUUUUUGAUUUUUUUUUAAUUUUUCAUUAAUUUAAUCAACGGAUACAAAUAUUGUUCAGCA